UCGUUAUUGCAGUUGGUCUAGUUAGGGCAUAUCUGGCUAAAGGCAGCUACCACAGCCUUUACUAUUCAAUAGAAAAGCCCCUGAAAUUCUUCCAAACUGGAGCUUUGCUUGAGAUUCUGCACUGUGCACUUGGCAUUGUUCCCUCUUCUGUUGUUCUGACUGCUUUCCAAGUGAUGUCAAGGGUUUUCCUGACGUGGGCAGUAACACAUAGUGUAAAAGAGGUACAAAGUGAAGACAGUGUCCUCUUGUUUGUAGUGGCCUGGACAAUCACCGAGAUAAUCCGUUAUUCUUUUUACACCUUUAGCUUGUUAAACCAUCUCCCUUAUCUCAUCAAAUGGGCCAGGUACACUUUGUUUAUAGUGUUGUAUCCAAUGGGAGUCUCAGGUGAAUUACUCACAAUAUAUGCUGCACUACCCUUCGUCAGGCAGUCUGGCUUGUAUUCCAUUAGUUUACCUAACAAGUACAAUUUUUCAUUUGACUACUAUACAUUCCUGAUCCUGGUCAUGAUCUCUUACAUUCCAAUCUUCCCUCAGCUCUAUUUCCACAUGCUGCAUCAGAGGCGAAAGGUGCUCUCCCACUCUGAAGAGCAUAAGAAGCCGGAGUAAUUCCAACUCUUUUUCAGAACUUUUCAAACAUCAAAAUGCUGCAGUUUUUCAAUACCCAGCACAUUUGUAAAGAGUAUACCAAGAUAAGUCAGAGGUAAAAGACCAAUAAUUUAGCAAGAAUAACUAAUAAAUCUGAUUUCGGUGAAAUUCCAGGAUGUCAAACAUUGAAAUAAUUUUCAGCUUGCAGUGCUUCAGAAAACUUAAAACUUUAUAUGGCUUGGCAGUUAACCUUUUCCUUAAAUGAUGUGCUAAAUGGUUCUCAUUUAUUACUAAAUGCCUGAAGGUUGCAGUAUGAGUGAUGAAGUUGUACCCACUAAAUGCCUGAAUUGGGAUUAUAUUACUGAUACCUCUUUUUUUAAGUGCUUGACUGCAUGCCAGAAACUGUAUGUAUUGCUGUGAAAGCAAACAGUAUGCUCUGGAAUACUUCAGGAUAAUGUCAGAGACUUCAGUGGAGAAUGUAAUCUGGGCAAAGUAUUUGACUUUAGAAAGGUAGGUUGUGUAUUUAAAAGGUGAUGGGAACAAGAACAAGAAACCAAUUACGGAAAAUGAGGGGAAUGUGGUUCUUUAGGAAUUUAAACAGUACAGUGUCUGACCAGAGUGUGCUCUCUGAAGAGCUUGUAUAAGCUGAUCACUCAAAUGCUAAUAUUAAUUCAGAGGCUGUAAUUCUUAUCUGAAACAUUAAAACUACCCCAAGUACUGCAUCACUGAAUACUUUUUUACAUAUUAAAAAAAAUUAAUACUAACUGUAUUAAUUCAGUGGUAUCAGUAAUGAAUCUAAAUAUAAGGAGGUAGUUCACCCAGAAACAGGUGCAGUUCUCCCUUUUUUACUAUAAAUUUUCAUCUCUAGUCAUUGUCUGUGAUACUCAUCUUUCAGUCUGAGGUCUACUUGGUCUGCUGUGUUUGGGGGCUCUGUUCCUUAGCCUGACUUUUCUCAAGUGACUGAGGUCAUCACUCUGGCACAUCCAAGCAGGAAGUUCCAGGCACUCAACUUCUGAAGUGAAAGUUAUAAUCUGCUCCUUCCAGAGCAAAUUAUUUCAUGUGUUACAUGCUGCCUUUGCAUGUAGGACAAGCCACCCUCGUCUGCUCUUUGGAAAGAGCGGAAGACCACAAGAAGUUAUAUUCUCCUAGGUGCUUUCUCUGGGUUGUCAGGCUUAACCUUUCCUUGGGAGGCUGAAAGGAAAAUGAAGGAGCUGAGAAAGCUUUGUGGUGAGGCAGAAAGCACUAGUGCUGUGUGAGCUGUGCCCCAAGCCUAGAAGAAAUUUCUGAUGGGGAGUAACAGGGUGGAGAAUGAAGGGAACAAAAGGAGAAGGGAAAUGAAUGGAUAUCCAGGCAGAGACAAAAGCAAAUGUAGGUUAUGGCUUUGCUCUGUUAGGAAUUGAUGGCCAAAUAGUCCUGUCUGCAUCCAGUCACAGCCACUAGACAAGACCAUGUGGGCCUCCCUGGCUUCCCUCUGGUUUGGUUCAGUGCAUAGAUGAGGUGUGUCCGCUUUCCAUGCUGCCUGCAGCGCUGCCUCAUGCUCUGCCUGCCAGCACCUCCCCUGGCCUGGUUGUGUUUGACACAUCCCAGCUCUUCUAAACACAGCUGGGAAGUACUGAGGACACAGGCUCUCUGUUCUAGCAGUUGGGAAGAGUUGGAUUUACAGUUAUUCAGAUUUAUGCUUGUCAGAGCGAUAUUUAAAAAAGACCAAAACCUUGUCAUUUUUCAGUAAUUUUCUUUGGCUCCAUCAAAAGGACUGAAUUUUCCUAUCUGACUAUAUAGAGCCUUUCCUGUUCAACACAAACAGGAUUAUUAUAAGCAGAGAAAGGACAAGAGACAAUAAUAAUCUUUGCUUCUAUUUUCAGCAUUUUGGAGCCAGUUACUGACUGGAUUAUCAAACACAGGAGGUUGUAGCAAGUUGGGUGUUGGUCUUUUCUCCCAAGUUACAAGCAUUAGGGCUAGAGCAUAUGCCUCUUCUUGUGCCAAGGAAGGUCUAGAUGGGGUAUUAAGGGAAAUUUCUUCAUGGAAAGGAUUGCCAAGCACUGGAACAAGCUGCCCAGGGAAGUGAUAGAGUCACCAUCCUUGAAGGUAUUUAAAAUACCUGAAGAUGUGGUGCAUAAGGACGUGGUUUACUGGGAUUUUGUAGUGUUAGGAAAAUGGUUGGACUCAAUCUCAGAGGUCUUUUCCAACCCAAACAAUUCUGUGAUUCUAUUACUAUGGCCAUAUACAACCUCAAAAUGGUUUUGGAUUCAAAGAUGCAACAAUUCAAUUAAUUUCUAUAUUAGAUUAUACACUUUGUUGUAGUGAUCUGAGAAAUGUUACAUUAUUCUGAAGUCAUUGUUUGAAAGUGUGAACUUCCACCUCUGAACAAAACAUCUCCUUUUGCUUAUACUUGCUAUUAAAGAAGUUAAUGUCAAUAUUUCUGAAGGAUGUCAUCUAAAAGAUUUGAUUUCCUGAUGUACUUAGGUUACUGGAUAUUGUCAAUGCUCAGCUCCUGAACUUUUCUUAAUUUGAUUUCUGUGCCCAAGUAAAAGAUUAGGUUUCAAAUUUGUUGGUCCAAUUUGGAGAUAAAAAAAUGGUUGUGUAAUACUCCUGCAUGAGACAAACCCCUGGCUCUGUUGAUGAGAAAGAUACAGUACAGAUCUACAACAGAUAGCACUGGCAGCAUGGAAAAGCAGAGAAGCUGCCAGUAGGGAGAAAACUUCUACAACCAACACCUUUGCUGAACAGGCUUUAUGAUGGAAUAUUUACUUUAAGUGAAAGUAUCCAUUUAUGACAAAAAUGCAAAUAAACUAUGGCCUUUUAAAAGAAAAUUGAGUUACUUUUCCUUUCAAAAGAAAAAGAGGUUGCUUUCACAGUAAGAAUUCUUACCAGCAAAGCUGAUUUAUAAAUUAUAUUCGGAAGUCUGAACGUGCAGUUAAUAUGUACAAAAAUUCAGUGCUUCUUGUUGCAGUGCUUUUUCAAGUUUAACUUCCAUGGAAAUCACUGGAAGCUGAUCUUGGGAGAGAACUGUAGUGUGAUGCCCUAAAACUGUUUGGGUUGUUCCGUAAUACUGAUUUUGCUGACACUGUGGGGUAUCUUCUCCUCAUAAAAGAAGAAGUUUCCCCUCAUCUGUCACUGAAAUUGCCAUGUGGUUUCUGUGAGCUCUAUAAUAGAUGCUUUGAUUGGUGCUGUGUCACAAAUGGGUUUAUUUCCCCCCAGACUGUUUACUUGGCUUGCAUGUUCUCUGUCAGCCUCUCCAGAGCAGCAGCCCCCCUGCUUUGGUGCUCUCUUGUGUGCACUGGUUCAGCUGACAGCACUUUUUGUUCUACCAUGCCAGCUCUGAGUUAGUCACUACCCUCCAAAAGACCAAGGUUUUCACCAGUGUGUUUACAACUGGAAUUGUAGAAAUGUUCAUAUUUGUAAAUUACAGUAAGAAUGCAGGUUACAGUGCAGAAAUAUUGUAAUUUUUCACAAUAUGAUGUUUUUAUCAGAGGGUUUUUUUCUUAUCGUUAUGAAGGUUGGCAUUUGUGUGGACCAAUCUGCAGUGUCAUUUUACAACUUAUCUUACAGCUUAAAAUUUUCAUGAGUAUACAUCAAAUAUACAUAUUUUGAUGUAUAUGUCAGUGAAACUUGGGUGAAAACUAUAUACAGUCAUUUUUGUAUUUUUUUCUAUGUUGUGAAGAAUAAAAUUGUAAUUUUAUAAGUCUGAUUCACUAAGAUUAUUAUAAUUUAAAUGUAUUUUUUGUAUAUUUAGGAAUCUGGUAUUACCUGGAGCUCUGAAAGACUUAAGCAUAGAAUUUUUAUGCAUGGUUGAAAGAUAUUUCAACUUGAUAAUGCAGUGAAAUGGUUUGUAUGCUAAAAUACUAGUCCGUGUUGUUGCCUUGUGCAGUUGAUUCUGUGCUCUCUGCCUGGAUUUGGCCUACUGAACAGUGAUACUAAUUGGUAUAAUCCAAAUAAAAUACUUCUGAACAAAAUAUCUUGUAUUGUUACUGUUUAAGGAACAAAAGCAGAUAUUUUACAAGUGUGAGUUAGUUGUAUUUUUAUUCAUUUGUACACAAUGUGUAUCUUUUAAUUUACAAGUUCUUUUAGCAUGUGUAACUCUGGAGCUCAGACAAAACAAAUAAGAAACUUCAUACUGUUACAUGCUCUGCUUUCCACAUUCAAAAGAAGUGCUCAUAACAACACCUUGGCUGACUGUGCCAGCACUCAGAACUCCCUGAAGGAUCCUCAUCUGAGUGUGAGCUCUUUGUUUUCCUGCUGUUACCUGUACUCUGGAUGCUGAUGGUUUCCUUCAAAAACAAAAUUGAGUAUUAUAAAUAUAGUGGAAUGCUUAACUAAUGCAACAGAAUUCUUCAGAGUUCAUUUACUAAAUAUAAUAUGUCUGCUACCACGGCAACGUUUUUAGCAUUUUUAACACUUCCUGAGAGAGAUUUAAAAUCUGUGUCUAGAUGACAUUAAUGCCCAUAAAUAACAAGUUAUAAUCCUCUAAAAGGAACUGAGUGGUGGCUGCAGAGUGAGUGCUAUUAUUCCAGGCAUAUGCUUGUCAUAAGAUUGCACAACUACAGUGAUUUUUUUGUUGACUGAGAUGGGAUGAAAUGGUGUUGUCAUCCCCAGCAUCAGCACAUGUCCUACGCAUGAUGGCUGUGACUUAGCACUGCUGUGUAAUUAAAAACUCAGAAAUGCUGUGCUGUGGAGAGGUGCUGGGCUCUGUUUGUGCCUUACAGGAACUGUCACUGGCUAUUUGUGUUUCCUCUCUGCAUUUUGAAAACUGUGUGUGGAAACAAUUGUAGUUCCCUAGGGUAACAGUGAAGAGUCUGAAAAGCAUAAGGAUUCUGUGGUUGUCAGCAAGUCAAUGUCACAACAAUGUGUAAGGCUCAUCUUAAAGCAUUGGCAGUUCUUGAUAUAAGACUAGAGGAGGCUCUGUGCUGGGCUGCUGAAUAUAAAAUAAAAAGGUGUGAAUAUCUGUGUGAUUCAGUU